AUGUGGGGGUUACCAGUGAUCCCUUUGCUGAUUAACUUUUGUGGUGCUCUCCUGGGGUUCGUGGCUACCCUGACACUGAUCCCAGCUUUCAAGGAUCAUUUCAUUGCUGCCAAGCUCUUCGGGAUAGACUUGAACAAAACUUCUAAACAGCCCAUUCCUGAAUCCCAAGGUGUGAUCAGUGGGGCUGUGUUCUUGAUCAUCCUUUUCUGCUUUAUUCCUGUGCCCUUUCUGAGCUGUUUUGUAGAGGAGCAGUGCAAGGCAUUUCCACACCAUGAGUUUGUGGAGUUCAUUGGCUCCCUUCUUGCCAUCUGCUGCAUGAUCUUCCUGGGCUUUGCGGAUGAUGUUCUGAACCUGCGCUGGCGACACAAGCUGCUACUUCCUACCAUGGCCUCCCUUCCUCUGCUUAUGGUCUACUUCACUAACUUUGGGAACACAACUAUUGUGGUACCCAAGCCCUUCCGGGUGUUGUUGGGGAUGCACUUGGACCUGGGUAUCCUGUACUAUGUGUACAUGGGCAUGCUAGCAGUGUUUUGCACCAACGCCAUCAACAUUCUCGCUGGAAUUAAUGGGCUUGAGGCAGGACAGUCUCUGGUGAUAGCUGCUUCCAUCAUCACAUUCAAUGUUGUUGAAUUAAAUGGAGAUUAUAGAGAUGACCACAUUUUUUCUCUCUACUUCAUGAUUCCAUUUUUUUUUACUACUCUGGGGCUGCUUUACCAUAACUGGUAUCCAUCCAGCGUGUUUGUAGGUGACACCUUCUGCUAUUUUGCUGGUAUGACGUUUGCUGUGGUGGGGAUCCUUGGGCACUUCAGUAAGACAAUGCUGCUCUUCUUCAUCCCACAAGUGCUCAACUUCCUCUACUCUUUGCCUCAGCUCUUCCACAUCAUUCCUUGUCCCCGUCAUCGGCUACCCAGGCUCAAUCCUGGUACAGGGAAGCUGGAGAUGAGCUACUCCAAAUUCAGAACCAAAAGUCUUUCAGCACUGGGAAAGUGUAUUCUAAAGGUAUCAGAGACCUUACAUAUUGUGGAUGUGAGACAGGAAUUGGAUGAAGAUGAAGAAUACACAGAGUGCAAUAACAUGACACUCAUUAACUUUGUUAUAAAGCUUAUUGGACCAGCUCCAGAGCAAACCCUCACUGUCCUGCUGCUGCUCAUCCAGGUAGUGGGCAGCACCAUUGCAUUUUUGAUCCGGUAUCAGCUAGUACGCUUGUUCUAUGAUGUUUGACUGAGCUGCCGGGGUAAGGGAAAUGCCAGAACCUCCUGAUGAUCCACUUUUUACUUUCUUUGGUUCCCCUCCACAUGGCUGCAGUGAUCCCGCUUUGUCUCUGUGAAUCACAAGACCCCUUUCCAGAUGUGAGUAAAGACUCUUACACUGAC